CCCGGGACAACUAAUCUCCACCAGUUGACACCGAGAGGUCUUGGAGUUCUGUUAGAAUCACCACAGACGGAAAAGAUAAAAAAUAGUAUAUCUUGUUUCAGGACUGUAUACAAUUUGAUCUAUACAUAGACACAAGGCGUUCAUCGUGGUCAAAUGACAAACAGUACCAGCAAUCCAGGAAUGAUUGAUGAAAUUAACAUCUCUGCUAAUAGUAAUGAUGAGAAGCACAGGCUUGCAUCUUUUGCAAACAUCCCUCCAGAAUCUUCAGAGCAUCCUGUUUUACUGUCACAAAAUGGAUUUGUAUUUAUUGGUGCAGGCAAGAACAACAAAGAUGCCAAAGUGAUCUGUUUUAGCUGUCGUAAAUGUGUCCUUAUUUGGCAAGGGAAUGAAGACAUUUGUAAACUACAUCAAGCGAUCUCACCAGACUGCCCCAUGCUAAAGAACCAGGAGUUCUCUAAUAUACCAAUGCAGUUACCUAGCCAAGCCAGUGAAGCAGUCAGUAAAGCAAUCUUAGAUAAAAUGUCAGUCGAUAUUAGCAAUAGACAUAUCGAUCUACAUUCAUUUCAACAAAGACUUGAGACAUUUUCUUCCUGGCCAAGUGGUAGAAAAAGCACACCACAGAGUCUAGCUCAAGCUGUUUUUUUUUUCGUAGUGGCUGAUGUUCUUGAACUUCGAACUCCUCCCCAUUAUCAUAAGGUGGACCAUCAUUGUACCAAUAUCCUGUGCCUCGCAGACAUCCCGAAAGAGUUGAGCCAUCCAAGAUUUAGAUUGUAUAAAUGUAGACUUGCAACUCUCCUUAACGACCUCCGUCCUCUGCACCUUAAGAAGAAACAUAUGAUUGCUGACGCUGGAUAUUUCUAUUCGGAUAUCAACCAUAGUUUUAUUUGCUUCUGCUGUGCUGAUGUCAAGUUCACUUUUAGUGGAGACGACAUUGUGGUUGUGGAACAUGCCAGGUCGUCGCCGCAGUGUGGAUACCUGCGUCAAGUUGUAGGGGACCGCUUCAUUCACAUCGUCCAACAGUCCGAGAGACAUGACAGUAUGCCAUUUAAUUUAUUAAAACCGCAUCUAACUAGAUAUGAUGCCUGGUUUACAGAAGAACAAGUGACCGAGAGACAGAGGGUUGACCCCCUAAGCGAUUCAACGGCCCAACAUCUCGUUGACUUUAGGAGGGAACUAUUGAAAUGUAUUGACCAUCAGAAAUGUGGCAGCUGUAGUAAAGGGAACUCGGCUGUAAAGCGUCUGUCGUGCUGUGAAAUUGUCUGUUGUGUAGACUGCUUCAAUAGCAGCAAACGGUGUGAGUGUCAACAUCCAUUGGAAUCUGCUCAUGGAUAGAGAAAAUUGGUAAGGAAAUAAAUAUACAUUGUUUACAACUUCAGAUAAUAUAUUUAGUUGUUUUUUUUUUUGUUUUUUUUGUUGUUGUUUUUUCAAUUCAUUAAACCUAAUGAAACAGGUAUUGGGGCAUAUUUAUUUAUUUGUUGGUUUGUUUCUUUCAAUCUUUUGUAACAUUUUUUUACAAAUCUUUCCUACCAGAUGA